CAUAAAGAGUUGUGGUGGUUGGUGUUAUUCCUGGAGUAAGAGAGAGAGUAUAGACCAGCAGUGGUCAAGGUCCACACUGAUGAACUUAUAUCACUGUUAUCAGUCUGCAACAUGGCACUGCUCAGGAAGAUUGCCACCACUCGAAUUUUAGGUUGCUUGUACCCCUGGGUGUGCCCUGGGCGGCAUGUGUCAGCAGCACCCCCAGGCCAGGCCAGACGUAUAGACCUCGGGGGUAUUUUCCCCCCCAUACCCACCCCCUUCAACCGUGAUGAGACUAUAGCCUAUGAUAAGCUGGCCCAAAAUGUCGCCAUAUGGAGUAUGAUUCCUUUUAAAGGCUUGGUGGUGGAAGGCAGCAAUGGAGAAUAUGUCUAUCUAACUCCAGAGGAACGUGUGGAGGUGGUGAAACGUGUCCGCGAGUUUCUCCCCAAAAAUUCAGAGAAGCUUAUUUUGUGUGGCUCAGGAUGUGAAUCUACACGAGAUACAAUCAACAUGACUCAAAAAAUGGCUGCAGCUGGUGCUGAUGCAGUGAUGGUUGUUACUCCAAGCUAUUAUAAAGGAAGCAUGAAGGACAAAGCUCUCCAUGCACACUUUACAGCAGUAGCUGACAAUAGUCCUGUUCCAGUUAUUCUCUACAGUGUUCCUGUUUUUACAGUGAUUGAUUUAAGCCUUGAUGUGAUAGUUGACCUUGCCAACCAUCCAAAUAUUGUUGGCAUGAAGGAGAGCGGUGGAGACAUCGCAAAAAUUGGCAGCAUAGUACAUCAGACAAAAGAGUCAGACUUCCAAGUGUUUGCUGGAUCUGCUAGUUAUCUUUUAGCAACUUUACAGAUAGGUGGUGUUGGUGGUGUUUGUGCUCUGGCCAAUGUGCUUGGAGAAGCUGUGUGUGAACUCCAUAGACUUACAGUUGAGGGGAAAAUUGCUGAUGCUGUUCAUCUACAGAAAAAGCUCAUUGCUCCAAAUUCUGCAGUUACCAAGACUUUUAGCAUCCCAGGACUGAAGCAAGUCAUGGAUUGGACAGGUUUUUAUGGUGGCCCCCUCCGUUCACCUCUGCAGCCUCUAUCUGAUCAAGAAGCUGCUAAACUCCGUAAAGUCUUUGAAGAUUCAGGCUACCUUUGAACAGUGUAUUUGAAUAUUUCUACAUGAUGGGGUAGCCUAAAAUAUUUUAAAACUGGGACUGAUUUUAUUGUUAUGGGGAUAACAACAGUUUCAAUGACUUUGACAAGGCAGUAGUGUAACACAUUUGAAGUAACAUUGGAUCACAAAUAUGUUUUAUCAGUUAUACUACACAUGCUCUGUUUGUGCAGUGUGUGUGUGCAUCUGUGUACUCACCUAAUUGUGGUUGCAGGAGUCGAUUCAUGGCUCCUGGCCCUGCCUCUUCACUGGUUGCCAGUAGGUCCACUCUCUCCCUGCUCCACAAGCUUUAUUAUACCUCUUCUUGUGUUUGUAUGUGUAUGUAUGCAUGUAUGAAUGUACAUAUAAGAGAAAGAACAUUAUAUUCUUUGCCAGGACACUGUCUGUCAUGCAUAAUGCCAAGCCACCUAACAGUGUAACCUUAAAUGGUCAAGCUCUCAAAAAUGAGGACAUUCAUGCUGUAUGUUUACUUAAAGCAGUUAGAAAAUAUAUUUUCAGAAUGCAUAACUAUCAUGAAAAAAUUAUGAUUCCAACAUCCUUUUAAAAAUUACCAACUAAAUGGUCUGAUUAUUGAGUCAACACGGUCCCCCAGGACAUUUUUUUUUUCUUUAACCCUUAAACGGUCCAAACAUAUAUUAUAUACGUUUUUUCAACAUUUGAAUGUAUGUAAAAAAAUGUACAUCUUUUUUUUUUUUUUACAUUUGAAAAUGUGUAAAAAAACUUUUAUCUACAUUUUUUUUUGUUAUAUUUGAAAAUGUAAAAAAAAAACAUAGAUCUACUUUUGGAGCACUACUGAUUUGAACGUCGAUCUAUUUGGACCGUUUAAGGGAGAGUUGUAUUAGGCAACUGUUAUGCACAAUGGUUGUAGUUCUGCCAUAGGUAGGUAAUGAACAGUUUUCAAGGAAAGUAUGCAUAUUAUACUGUAUAUAUUUUGGAAACACAAUAGGUCUAUUCCUGACAUGGGUAAUGAGGUGCCUUCAAGUGUUGCAUACAAGCAUUCCUCGCAUUAUGCUGUAGAUGAUUUCCAGGUCCAUGGCAGCUCAACUAAGCUCAGCCAGGUCACCUCGCCUAAUUCCACAUGUAAGAAUUUUUAGUACAGUUUAUGAACAGUGUCAAUGGCAUACACUGGAUGUAUUUCAUGAAUACAGAAUUAACAAUUCAAAUGGGUCAUCGUACAACAAUGAAUUCUCGUAAAGUGGCCUCAGCAUGAGGGAAAGUUAAGUGAAGAUAAGGUGAAUAUCUUUAGCAGAUACUUAUGUAUAGGUCCUUGUCUUUAAGAAUAAUUUAGUAAACAUCACAGUACUAGUAAUUCUAAUUUUGUAACAACUGUAUUGUAAUUUGAAGCACAUACAAAUUAUAAUGAAAGAUUGUGCAUUUCAUGGGAGGAAGUAUGGAGGAAGUAAAUGUAAUUAGAUAUUUGAGAGUGGACAUGUGGGUAAGUGGUUCUAUAUAACAUGCAGUGAACUGUGUAAUAGACAAGGGGAGAAAGGUAGAUGGUGUGUUGAAGCAUCUGUAGAAAGGAAGAAGUUUAUUUAUGGAAGAAAAAAAAGGGGGAAUGUACCAGAGUAUGGCAGUACCCACACUUUCAUAUGGGUGUAAAGCUUGGGCUUUCAAUGUUGCAGCAAGACAGAGGCUGGAGGCAGUGGCAGUGGCAGUGUCAUGUUUUAGAGCAAUGUGUGGUAUGAAUGUAAUGCAGAGGAUUCAGGGCACAGAAAGUAAAAGAUAAUAUUUGGUUACCAAAGGUAUCAUUCAGAGGGCUAGGGAGGGAUUGUUGAAGUGAGUUGGGUAUUAAAAGAUUGUGGAUCAACAGAAGAACCAAUAAGGUGUAUAAGCUGGGGUGGAAGAAGGGUAAGGGGUCAUCCAUCCCAGGAAGGUAGGAGGGAGGGAGGGAGGGAGGGAGAGAGUGCUUGGAACUUGUGUGAGCUUGUUAGACUGGAAUGGAGACAAGUGGUUUUUAUGGCUUGGUGUGCUAUUUGAGGGUGAGCUAAGUAAUAUUUACUAUAUUAAGGGGUUUAGGGAAAUGGGUUAGCUACACUUGAGUCCUGCAUGUUGAAGAAAGUGGGGAUGUCUUUGCAGUUUUGACAAAGCAGCUUUUGGGUGGCCUUCAUUGGGAGAUGGCCAGUGUGUUUUAAUAAAAAAAAAUCCAUUAUAUUGGGGCAACUUUAAUAGUUUAAGAAAAAAUAUGCAUUUGGUUCAGUUUUUUAAGAAAUAUAACAUGUUUUGAGAAAGAGUAUAAAUUUACUUAAUCUUAUAAAAUACUAGAAGGCUUUCACACCACAAUAAUGUAUCAUGUCUUUACAUAUGUAUUUUAAAUAUGUGUACACUGUAUUACAAGGACAUAACAUAAUAAAAAAAUUUUCCCCAAUA